UUGCCUGCAGCAGCCAGCACCAUGGCGGAGCUCAGCGCCCAGGUCACCAGGAAGCUGAACACGACCACCCCGGGCAUCCAGAUAUGGAGAAUCGAGAGCAUGGAGAUGGUGCCGGUGCCCACCAAGAGCUACGGCAACUUCUACGAGGCGGAUUGCUACGUCCUGCUCGCGACGCGCAAGACCGGGAACAACUUCAGCUACAACAUCCACUACUGGCUGGGCAAGGAGUCGAGCCAGGACGAGCAGGGGGCGGCUGCCAUCUACACCACGCAGAUGGACGAGCACCUGGGCUCGGUGGCCGUGCAGCACCGCGAGGUGCAGGGCCACGAGAGCGAGACGUUCCGCGCGUACUUCAAGCAGGGGCUCAUAUAUAAGAAAGGUGGGGUGGCCUCGGGCAUGAAGCACGUGGAGACCAACACCUACAAUGUCCAGCGCCUGCUGCACGUGAAGGGCAAGAAGAACGUGGUGGCAGCAGAGGUGGAGAUGAGCUGGAAAAGCUUCAACCGGGGCGACGUCUUCCUGCUGGACCUGGGCCAGCUCAUCAUCCAGUGGAACGGCCCCGAGAGCAACCGUGCCGAGAGGCUGAAGGCGAUGACCCUGGCCAAGGAUAUUCGGGACCGCGAGCGCGGGGGGCGCGCCAAGGUCGGCGUGGUGGACGGCGAGGACGAGGGCGCCACGCCGGAGCUGGUGCAGGUCCUGCUGCAAGUGCUGGGCGAGAAGCGGGACAUCAAGGCGGCCAUCCCCGACGACAAAGUGGACCAGAUCCACAACAGCUCCCUCAAGCUCUACCACGUGUCUGAUGCCAGCGGGAACCUGGUCAUACAGGAGAUAGCCAUUCGCCCCCUGACUCAAGACAUGCUCCAGCAUGAGGACUGCUACAUCCUCGAUCAAGGCGGUCACAAGAUCUUCGUGUGGAAGGGCAAGAACUCCAACAAGGAGGAGAAGCAGCAGGCAAUGAGCAGGGCCCUGGGCUUCAUCAAAGCCAAGAACUACCCGUCCAGCACCAGCGUGGAGACGGAGAACGACGGGUCUGAGUCGGCCAUCUUCAGGCAGCUCUUCCAGAAGUGGACCGUCCCCUCGCAGAGCAGCGGGCUGGGCAAGACCCACACCGUGGGCAAAGUGGCCAAGGUGGAGCAGGUGAAGUUCGACGCCACCACGCUGCACGCCAAGCCCCAGAUGGCCGCCCAGCAGAAGAUGGUGGAUGAUGGAUCCGGGGAGGUGGAGGUCUGGCGCGUGGAGAACCAGGAGCUGGUGCCCGUGGACAAGCGGUGGUUGGGCCACUUCUACGGCGGGGACUGCUACCUGGUGCUCUACACCUACUACGUGGGGCCCAAGGUGAACCGCAUCAUCUACAUCUGGCAGGGCCGCCAAGCCAGCGCGGACGAGCUGGCCGCCUCAGCCUACCAAGCCGUCAUCCUGGACCAGAAGUACAACAACGAGCCCGUGCAGGUCCGCGUCACCAUGGGCAAGGAGCCGGCGCACUUGAUGGCCAUCUUCAAGGGCAGGAUGGUGGUGUACGCGGGCGGCACCUCGCGGGCGAGCAGCACGGAGCCCAUGCCCUCCACCCGCCUCUUCCAAGUGCACGGCACCAACGAGUACAACACCAAGGCCUUCGAGGUGCCCGUCCGUGCCUCUUCCCUCAACUCCAACGACGUCUUCGUGCUCAAGACCCCCAGCUGCUGCUACCUCUGGUAUGGGAAGGGCUGCAGCGGGGACGAGCGCGAGAUGGGCAAGACGGUGGCCGACAUCAUCUCCAAGACGGAGAAGCCGGUGAUCGCGGAGGGGCAGGAGCCCCCCGAGUUCUGGGUGGCCCUGGGGGGCAAGUCCCAGUACGCCAACAACAAGAGGCUGCAGGAAGAGAACUCCUCCAUGCCCCCCCGGCUCUUUGAGUGCUCCAACAAGACGGGCAGGUUCCUGGCCACCGAGAUCGUAGACUUCACUCAGGAUGACCUGGAUGAAAAUGACGUUUACCUGCUGGACACCUGGGACCAGGUUUUCUUCUGGAUCGGGAAAGGGGCCAGCGAGGCGGAGAAGGAGGCGGCGGCGGUGAUGGCGCAGGAGUACCUGCGGAGUGACCCCAGCGGGCGCGACCUGGACACCCCCAUCAUCGUGGUGAAGCAGGGCUGCGAGCCCCCCACCUUCACUGGCUGGUUCCUGGCCUGGGACCCUCUCUGCUGGAGCGACAAGAAAUCCUACGAGGAGCUCAAAGCCGAGCUGGGGGACACCAGCAACAUCGGGCAGCUCGUGUCUGGGCUCACUUCCAAGGAGGUCUUCACGGCCACCACCACCCUGACGCCCACCAAGCUGGAGACCUUCCCCCUGGACGUGCUGCUGAACACGGCGGCCGAGGACCUGCCGCGGGGCGUGGAUCCCAGCAGGAAGGAGCAACACCUCUCCGACCAGGACUUCCAGGCUGUUUUCGGCAUGAACCGCGCUGCCUUCGGCAACCUGCCCUUGUGGAAACAACAGAACCUCAAGAAGGAGAAAGGACUCUUCUAGGGCGGGAGCCCUCGAGUUUAUUGUUGAUAAAUAAAUGGGUUUGGAGCAGGGCUGUAUCUCCCCCCCCAGCCCCUGAGCGCAGACCGGUUACGGGGCUGAUUUGGCAAAUAAAAGACAGUGGGGGCA